GAGAUAUAUUGACUAUUGUGACGGCAACUACUGUUUAGUUACAAGUGCCAAUGACAGCAUCAUUUUUAGAGGGUUUUUUAUUCCCCUCUAAAAACUGUGGAGGAAGCGUGCUACAUGCUAAAAAGAGAUUAAAUAAAAGUAUGUGGAAAUUCCAAAAUUUAAGAUUCCUCCUCUUCGCCUCUGUCAUGGAGUUUGUCACAGCUGACGAUCAAUGUAGGACCGAUAUAUACAUAGAAGGAAAGGCUCUCAGGUGUUCGGUCUUCAAAAGAUGGUCAGUGGCGACCCCUCACCUCUGCGAUGUCAAAUGUGAACAAGAGAUCACGUGCCAAAGCUAUAACUACAAUCGAAAAUACCAAAUAUGUGAACUAAAUAACCGCACCAAAGAGGCAAGACCAGAUAAUUUCCUUUCAGCACCCGCGUGGUUUUACAUCCGGCGAUUGAACGGCAGAGCUCCGUUAGGUUCUAUCCCUGAAUUACCGGCGCUGUCUUGUGGCGAAAUAAAGGCGAGUGAAGGUAAACACACCAUAAGCGGCAAGUACUGGCUGGAUCCAACUUGGAGAGGAAAAGCAAAACUGAUUUACUGUGAUAUGGUUAACGAAGAUAUGGAUGAAUGUAAAUUGAACAUCAGUGACUGCGACGUGAAUGCUAACUGUAGUAACACGUUAGGUUCUUACAAAUGUACAUGUAAAGUGGGAUACACUGGCGAUGGACACUCAUGUUCAG